AUGCCGAGCAGAAACCCAGGAGUGAUAACCCAGGACUGGGAGCCGGUGGUCAUCCACAAGUCCAGGCCCAAGGGUCAAGACCUCCGCGACCCGAAGGUUGUGAACCAGGCGCUUCGGUCCGGCGCGCCGAUCCAGACCAUAAAGAAGUUCGACGCGGGCUCCAACAAGAAGGCAGCGCCGGUCGUCAGCGUGAAGAAGCUCGAGGAAGGGACCGAGCCGGCGUCGCUGGACCGGGUCUCGACCGAUGUGAGGCAGGCCAUACAGAAGGCGCGUCUGGCGAAGAAGUUAAGCCAGGCCGACCUGGCCAAGCGGAUCAACGAGCGGCCUCAGGUGGUUCAGGAGUACGAGAAUGGCAAGGCGGUACCGAAUCAGGCCGUGCUCUCCAAGAUGGAGAGGGUUCUGGAAGUGAAGCUCAGGGGCAAGGUUGGCAAACAAAAAUAG